AUGUACUCAGCUCAGUAUGGCUUUAACGGCGCCCCACCGCAGGGCGCGCAAUUGCAGCCUUCACCAAACCAGGGACAGCAGCAACAACAACAACAACAACAGCAGCAGCAACAGCAGAUGAUGUAUAACGCGCAACAGCAGCAGCAGCAGCAACAGCAACAACAAUUCCCCAUACAACAUGGUCAGGGCGGCCCGUUUCCUGGAGGUCACAAUAACCCGGCCAUGAUGGGAGGUGCUGGUCCUGCAGGAAUGAUGCAGAAUGCCGCCAUGCCGCACAUUGGUGCCAAUGGUCAGAUGGCUUACCAGGCCCCCUUUACUUCCUCGCCGUACGGAGCUGGAAUACCUUCUUCAGCGGCCCCUCAGCCGCAGCUUCCAGCCAACUUUAUGAUGGGCGGGCCGAUGAACCAGUAUCAGCUGAAUGCUGGUCUUCAGCAACAGCAACAGCAACAACAGCAACCUAUGAUGCAGCGUAUGCAUCCAAACCGCCCGAAUGCAGGCGGGAUGCCCACCUCAACUCCUCAGCGUCCUUUCAACCCGUCGCAAAACACACCGGCUACUUCAAUGGCUUCCCAGCCAACUCAAUAUGGUACUCCUCAGCAGACACAGAGCAACUCACGGAGUCAGACGCCCACGAAUCCACCACAGGGACAGCAGGGACAACCGCCAUCUCAACAAUCGAGUCAGCCAUCCCAACCUCUCCCACCACAGCAACAACAACAACAAGUCCAAACCCAAGUCCAGCCUCAGGCUCAAGUUCAAUCUCAAACUCCACAGCCACCAUCCCAGCAGUUACAACAGCCCCAGCAGCCGCCAACACCACAGCAACAACAGCAGCAGCAGCCACCCCAAGGUCAACCGCAGCAGCAGCAGUCUGGCUCAGCAGCUAUGACGCCUCAAACGCCAACCUUUCCCGCUAAUGGACAGGGUCAACAAGUAAAUGGUACUUCGAGGUUGUCAACGCCUCAAAGUCCCGGUGGAGACCCGCAGGACAAAGAGCGGGUCAAGAUUCUUUUCGACAUCAAUACGGAACUGCUCUACGAAUCCAUGCAGCUGUCCAACGCCCAGCUCGAAUUGAAGAAGGAAGCACAAUCGGCUCCGGAAGCUGGAGUAGAUUAUGCUGAGCAGGAACGGUUGGUGAAGGAAGACUACAACCACUGCAUGAAGAGGCUUCAAGUGAACUUCCAGUAUCAAUCAUCCAUCCAAAGAAAUCCAGCUACUGCCGUUUUCCCGGCUCCUUUCUUGACAGCCCCACCACUUAGCAAGACCCUGAAGCUUAAAUUACCCCCGGCUUCUCCAGACGAUGUACUAGAACGACCGCUGGAUCCAAGCGCCGAUCGCCUUCAGAGAAUUGAGGGACUCAAGCAACUCUAUGCUAAGCUUCAGGCACUCUUUCCUGGUGUCGACCCUAAAAGAGAGCAACCAGGUUCUCAAGCGUCACCAGCUAUGAGGCCGGGUUUCAAUCCUGCUGCUCCUGGCGCGAUCCCCAACGGGCAACUUAAUGCGUAUGCUCGAGCGCAAGCACAGGCUCAAGCCCAAACACAAGCUCAAGGCCCAGGCCAAGCUACAGGAUUUGGCUCGAACCACAGCAGCCCUGCUCCUGGUCCAACGGCUUACAGGACACCUCAGAUGGCCAACAGUCCAGGCCCUCUUUUGCAAACCCAGCCUGCUGGCCAGUGA